UAUUGAACAGAAAAGGGAAUAAAAUGGCGUAUAAAAAGUGGCUCGCACAGAGGUUGUAGCAGAGCAGAGAAUUACCAGAAGCAGAGACGAUGAAGAUGAGACUAGGAAGCAGAAUAUGGCUAGUGGUCGGGCUAGCCACAUUCAUAACAGUGAUGAUGGCGACAGUCGAACCAUCAGAGUACCUGUUCGGGACAGAGUACGAGGUUCGAGUGAUCAACGGUUUCAGGAACAACUCGUCGCUGCCACUAGUGAUAUGGUGUUCCAACGACGAAGCCGAUCUCGGAGGCAGAGCCCUUCAGGAACACGACGACUUCAGCUGGAAGAUGAAGACCCACUUCUGGAGCAACAACCUCAUGAAGUGUACCAUGAAAUGGGACAAAACCAGAAAGAAGUUCGACGCUUUUAAGGCUUCCCGAGACGCCCAUCGCUGUGGCCCUUUCAAGAUGUGCUCUUGGCUCGUCACCGAACAUGGCUUCUACUUCAGCAACGAUCAGGUCAACUGGUACAAGGACUUCGAAUGGUGAUCACGAUCCUUCGCCUUCACCUUCACUUCCUCCAUAAAAUGUGUUAUAUAUCUUAUGUUUUAUACUAUACUAAGCCAGGAAUAAAUUAUAAGGUUUUGUUUUGGCGA